AUGAACUGGAGAAAGAACAUAUGGUCCACAAACCGUACGAUCAAUCGUUAUAUCGUGGCUAUCAAAAUCAGGUCAAAUGAUUUUUUCGUACCUUUAGAUACCAACAUCGUUACAGAAAAUUUAUCUCUGAAUGAUUUCAAUAUAUCUGAGAUCUUGUCACAUCUCAACACACUUCUGGAGCUCUAUGAUCCAAGUGUUUCAAGAAAGUGUUUUACUUUUUAUCAGAGCAAGCUUAAUAGAUCUAUACAGCCCAAAGACAAGGUUCCGCUUAUUGCUUUUAGUGUCGGUAUGUUUGAGAAGGGCACUGUGAAGUUCAAAGGGGUUCCAGUGUGUUAUCCUGUCGAGAAUGUCGAACAGUGUGGCAGCGGAACGUCAACGCAUGUUUUGAACAUGGUAACAGUCCCAUUAUGUAUUUUGUCAGAGAAAGGAAGGCCCAAAGGAUUCAAGCCCCAAAAAAAGGAGAUAUCCGUAGCAAACAGGGCUUCUCUUACGAGAUUUAGAUUAUCACAGGUGUUUGCUAUUGACUACUUUAAUUAUUUGGACUCAAAGUGUACUACUAUAUUUGUAGGGCAAGCAAAUUUAAAAUCAAGUUAA